UGGUAUCCAAGUAAAAGACGUGAUUUUUGGGGGGUGAACUCGGAGCUUCAUCAAUGAGAGCGGAGCGCAGAAACCGACCAGGAACGUUGAUUUAGUUCAUGUUUUUUCACACAUUUACAGCUAAUUUAGCUUGUUAGUUGGUCGCUUCUUAACAGACGAACCCGCACUGGUGAAUUUACGAAGCGAUGGCCCAGAGAAAAAAUCCCAAAACCCACUCCAAAAAAGAGGCGAAGACAACACCUGUGGAAAGCAAGAAUGGAAAGAGGACGGAUGGUGGAGGUGGGGGAGGAGGAGGAGGAGGAGGAGGAGGGGAUGCAGGAGGAGGUCCUAAAUAUUCCAUGUUUACCUGGUUUGUGGUCCUGGCUCUGCUGGGAGUCUGGAGCUCCGUGGCUGUGGUCUACUUCGACAUCGUGGACUACGACAGCGUCAUCGCCAGAGCUAAGGAGUUUCGUAUGAACUUUUCUGAAGUUUUACAAGGUAAACUGACGGCCUACGACACAGACGGAGACGGAGACUUUGACGUGGAAGACGCUAAAGUUCUGCUCGAUGAGAGGAAGUUAAAAGGUCCUGCUUUCAGGAGAGACAGGCUGAGAAAAGAGGACAAGAAAGAGGUGAAGAAGAAAGGUAGAAGUAAAGAAGACAAGACAUUAGAGGCCCCUGUUCCAGAGAUGAAACUCACGAAAGACGAGACAGCAGGGGAGGCGGCUGCUAGACAGAACGCAACCCGAGGGUUGAAACAGGCAGAGAGACCAGAUGUGGGAGAUUCACCUGAAGAGAGUGCAGAAACCACUGAACAUGUGUCUCAGUCGACCAAUCAACAAGCUGCAGAGCCACAAGGGGAGGGGCCAACCAAGGAGACUGCAUCAGUUGUAGAGAGCGACCUCCCGUCUGCCCGCAGUCAUGAAGUCUCUGGAUCUCAGGAUGUGGAGUCUGAAAUCCAAGCUGCUGUCCCUCUCCCUCCGUUGGUGGAAGAUGACUUUGUUCCAGAUGAUCCUCGAGGAGACAGCGGGCAUCCUUAUGAGGAUGAAGCUGACGCCAUCGACACGACUGGAGUUUUGGUGGAGGAGCCGCUGUCUCAGGAGAGUGAAGUGGAGUCUGGGAAAUAUCUGACAAGUUCCAAAGUUACACAGGAAGCAGAGCCAGUGGGAGAAGCAGAGAACCAGUCUGAACCACCAGUGGAACCAGAACCACAGAGUGAGACGCCCAAACAGACAGAGAGCAUCCCUGAAGCUGAAGCUGAGGGAGCAACUAAGAAACAGGCCGAGGAGAAGCUCAAAGAAAAAGCAAAGAAGAAGAAACCAAAAUUGUUGAAUAAGUUUGAUAAAACCAUUAAAUCUGAAAUCGACGCUGCAGAAAAGCUUCGUAAGAAGGGUAAAUUGGAGGAGGCGUUAAGAGCGUUCGAGACGCUGGUGCAGCAGUAUCCACAGAGCCCCCGCGCUCGCUAUGGAAGAGCUCAGGCGGAGGACGACCUGGCCGAGAAGAUGCGUAGUAACGACAUGCUGCAGAAAGCCAUCAACAGCUACAGAGAGGCUGCUGAGCUUCCUGAUGUGACCUCUGACCUCUUGAGAGCUACGCUGAAGAGACGAGCUGAGAGACAGCAGUUUCUGGGUCGGAUGCGUGGGUCUCUGGCGACUCUAGAAAAGUUGGUUCAGAUCUUUCCAGAAGACGUCAGUCUGAAGAACGACCUGGGCGUCGCCCACCUGUUACUAGGAGACAACAAGGGCGCCAAGAAGGUCUAUGAGGAGGUCCUGGCAGUUUCCCCUGGCAAUGGCUUUGCUAAAGUUCAUUACGGCUUCAUCCUGAAGUCAGAGAACAAGAUAGCAGAGAGUAUACCAUACCUGAAGGAGGGUUUAGAGUCAGGUGAACCCGGGACUGACGACGGGCGUUUUUAUUUCCACCUGGGAGACGCUCUGCAGAGAGUCGGAGACAACAGCGCGUAUCACUGGUAUGAGUUGGGUCACAAACGUGGUCAUUUUGCCUCGGUGUGGCAGAGAUCUCUGUACAACGUGAAUGGACUGAAGGCUCAGCCGUGGUGGACGCCUAAAGAGACCGGAUACACUGAUCUGGUCAAGACGUUGGAGAGGAACUGGAAGACGAUCAGGGAUGAAGCUCUGGCUGUGAUGGACCAGAACACCGGACUGUUCAUACCUGAGGAGGAAAACCUCCGAGAGAAGGGAGAGUGGGGCCAAUACACACUCUGGCAACAAGGGAGGAAAGCUGGAAAUGCCUGUCAGGGCGUCCCAAAGACCUGCUCACUGCUGGAGAGAUACCCUGAAGCUACAGGCUGCAAGAGAGGACAGAUUAAGUUCUCGGUGAUGCAGCCAGGUACUCAUGUGUGGCCUCACACCGGUCCAACCAACUGCAGACUGAGGAUGCAUCUCGGCCUCGUCAUCCCCAAACAAGGCUGCAGGAUCCGCUGCACCAACCAGACCAAGGAGUGGGAGGAGGGUAAAAUCCUCAUCUUCGACGACUCCUUCGAGCACGAGGUUUGGCAGGACGCCGACAGUUACCGCCUCAUCUUCAUCGUAGACGUCUGGCACCCGGAGUUAACCUCGUAUCAACGCCAGCAUCUGAGCUCGAUAUAGAUCAGCCCGAACACACAAGGUAACAUAAGGACACAGACGGGCCGACCGAUUCUUCUUCUGUGGAUAAACUGCUACAAACACUGACUGGCUGAAUGUGAGGAGAAUCACACGGCAGACGGACUGACUGACUGUUGAUUUUUAGUUUUUUUUUUUUGGUUUUUUUGUGGAUAAACUACUAAAACUACCGCAGACUGUCGAAUGAUCAAAGCAUCAAACUGAAGGAUGGAAAUGAAAAAAAAAAAGUGUGUAUUUUUUUCUGGAUUAUACUACUGACUUGAUAAUGUUUCACCAAAAACAAACUGAACACAUACGGUACUUGUUUUAGCUCUGUUUGGAUCGGGUUCAAGGUUCCUACAAUCAUGGAAAUCUUGCGAACAUUAUGGAACUCAAAAUUUAUUUUCUAGCUCCUGAAAUGAGUUUAUUUUCAGGUCUGUUGUUUGAAAAAUGAUUAAAAUGAGUUACAAACGUUACUGAGAGUCUAAAACCAAAACCAGCUCUCGUUAUUUAGUUUCUUAACUGUUAAAUUGUGAAAUAAGCGUAUAAACACUACAAUAUCGAACAGAUAGAAAUAUAUUUCCUGCCUUCAUUACACUUUAAAAUGUCUCACAUACAGUUUUGAUAAUAAUUUUGCUUGUUGCCAUUGUUCUGUAAAAUGUCAGAAACCUUUCAUGAACUGAAAAGAAGCCUUAAUUUUAGCUCAACCACUAUGCAUUUUUCUUCAGUUUAUCCUGGUGCGUUUUAAGUUCUGUUCACUCACUUUUUCAUUACUUUUGCACAAUAACAUUGAAACACAAGAUGUUAUAAAAGAUUAUAUAUAUUUUUAUUAAAAAUAAAAAAAAUACAGAAAAAAAUGGCAACCACAAAAGUUGUGUCCAUUUGUCCCAGUCUGUGUUUAUCUGGUUCUCUUCCAGUUUGGCUUUUCAAAUGUUUCAUCAGAUGAAAUGUGUUUUUGUUGGUUUUUUUGUCCCUGAACGGCACAAUGAGACAGAAGUUAAAACGUGAAAAUCAGCAGUGAAGUUCUGUGCAGCUCUGAAUGUUUUAGAUCUCAACAACUCGUAGUUCUGAUUGAUUUUAUUUUGCUCUUUUUUCAGUCUGCACUGCUUUUAGACGUUUUGAAGGUUCAUUUGACAAUCCUGUUUGAAAAUAAUCUGUUUUCUGUUUCUGUAACGAGAACAAAGCUUCCAGGGUUUACACUUCCUGUUCACCAUCCAACAAAAAAACAGAAAAUAUUCACUUCAAACUUAAGAAAUAAUAAUUCAUACACUUGGGCUGUUUCUACAUCUUGUACUUAUUCUGUUUCCUGUUGCAUUAGUACACCUCGUUGAAUAUGAUGAAUAUGAAUUUGCCUAUAACCACAUAUCACUAUAACCAAAUAUUUCCACAGAGUUAUCACUGUUUCAUCUCAUAUCAUACAAGUACUUCAUGGUUCUGAUGAUGAAAACUUGAUUAUGGAUUCUAAUGUUACUUUCCUGCCUAAUUUAAAGGGACAGUACAAUCAAAAACAUGAGUUUUGGGGAUCUUUCUUAAAGGGGACAUAUUCUGCUUUUUCUGGUUUUCUGUUAUUUAUAACCUGUUCUGAUGUCGGAUGUUAAACAUUGUUAAAAACUUGAGGUGAAUGUAUGUAGAAAUGCUGCCUGCAAGUCAAAAGUCAGGGCAUCAACCUGCUCUUAAGCUUCAUUUGCGAUGUUUUAUUUCUACCUUGCUGAAGAGCUGACAUCAGCUCAUCGCACAUGCACAUAAACAGCCGUCCGUUUUGUAGCCUUUGUUGCUAAGGUGGUUGCUAAGAUGUUUCCAUGUUCUGUUCACGUUGUUGGCUCAAACAUGUACGGAUGUAUUUGAGAAGUUGACAUUUCAGGUAAAGAAAUUAAAGAACUUGGUGAAA